GUGACAGCGCGCUUCACGGUAGCAGUGUGCGCUGCACUGGAGAGGAGGGGUGACAAGGAGCUGUCUACUGUAUGCUACAGUAAUGAGAUUGAACUCUUAAAGCUUAGUCUUAAUAGUAGUAGUUGGGGGGCUAUUUAUCGGACAUCACCACAUGUUCUUGCGUGUGCGCGGCCGAGGACUCGCCUGCUCAGCUAGUCUCCUGCCAGCCCAUGAGAAGCGCACCGUUUAAUGACAUUAUUUCUUUUUUUUUGGAAAGAAACUGCUUAUUGCAACCUCUGUCACCCUUUGCGCACAUGACUUUUCUGAUGGAACAGAGGAGGACGGAGGUUAUAUUUGUUGCUGUUUGCUAUUUUGGGGGCUCAGAAACUUUUAUUCUCCUUGCCUGAGCGAAACAGAUCACACCGAACCAUGGAGAACCAGACCGAAUCGCAGAGCAGCACCGAGGACGUCCGUAAGAGCGGCUAUCUGCGCAAGCAGAAAUCCAUGCACCGGCGGUACUUCGUGUUACGGACGGCCUCGGAGCGCGGCCCGGCUCGACUCGAAUACUACGAAAGUGAGAAGAAAUUUCGAGGUAAAACGCCUGUGCCCAAAAAGGCAUUGGUGCUGGAGACGUGCUUCAACAUCAACAAACGGGCCGACUCCAAGAAUAAACACAUGAUCGUGCUCUACACACGGGCUGAGAGCUUCGUAGUGGCGGCGGAGAAUGAGACGGACCAGGAGGAAUGGUACCAAGCCAUGGUGGAUCUGCAAUGCAAGAGUAAAGCACUGUGUGACAGUGCGAUUGGUGGAGACUAUGGAGUACCAUCCCCUGGUCCUGCCUUCAAAGAGGUCUGGCAGGUGAAGGUUUGGCCAAAAGGUCUAGGGCAAGCCAAGAACUUGGUCGGCAUUUACCGGCUUUGCCUGACUGAAAAGACAGUCAACUUUGUUAAGCUAAACUCUGAUGCAGCCGCUGUUGUGCUCCAGCUGAUGAAUGUGAGACGCUGUGGUCACUCUGAAAACUUCUUCUUUGUGGAGGUCGGCCGCUCUGCAGUAACUGGCCCUGGAGAGUUUUGGAUGCAAGUGGAAGAUUCUGUGGUGGCACAGAAUAUGCAUGAGACUUUGCUGGAAGCCAUGAAGGCCCUGAGUGAGGAAUUCCGCCAGCGCAGCAAAUCACAGUCAGCUGCUGCAGGAGCAGGAGGCGGUGCUACUGCAUCAAAUCCGAUCAGUGUUCCAUCUCGACGGCAUCACCCCAACCCUCCACCCAGCCAGGUUGGAUUCAUAAGACGUCCACGGACUGAGCCACCGGGUAGUACAAUAGGAGGUGGAAAUAGCAAUAGCACCUCUCCAACUUCUCGGCACAGCUUUCCCCGAACUCGAAUGUCCAGUGAUGGUGGAAAAGUUGAAGACGGAGGUGGUGCAGCAACAACAGGAACUGCAUCCUGCUCAAGUCCCAACACCAACGGGUCAUGCUCAAAUACCCCUAUUUUGAGAUCAAAAUCUGUUCGUACUCCAACCCCGGCCAAGUCACAGCAUACUCUAAUGAGAUCCACCUCAACCCCAGCUUCUUCAGCUGCAUCAAUCCUGCCUUCCAGCUCAAGUUCUGGAUCAGAUUUUUGUGGGAUUGGAAAUAGUGGUGGUGGUGUAAAUGGUGGUGUGUACAGUCGAAUACCCCUCCAGCAGCCCUCUGUCUCUGGCUCAUUCAGCGACUAUGGCUCCUCAGAUGAAUACGGCUCUAGCCCUAGUGAUCACUCUCUGCUAACCCCAACAAUGCAGACAGGGUCUGCAGGUAGCUCAGGUGGUCAUUCCCUUGGUGAAGAAGCAUCCAACUACAUCCUUAUGGGUCAGAGAGGGACAUCCAAAGCCCAGCCAACCCAAAAUGCAUUACCACAGACCAGGAGGGUUCUGAGACGAUCUUCUAGUAGAGAGUGUGAAGCGGAGCGCAGGAUAAUGAGCAAACGGGCCUCCCUCCCACCCAUGGCUUUAGAGAGAUCUGCACCACUCUGUCGAACUGGAGAGGAACCGGUUGAAGAAGAUGACUAUGCAGUCAUGACUCGUACCUCCAGCCGAGAAUCUUUUGGUUCAAGGCAGGAUUCUGGAACAACAACAAAUGAAACAGGGUACCUAGAAGUAGCUGCUGACCUCAAAGAUGAUGCUGGUAGCAAUGGAACAAGCAGUGCUGCUGUCAUUGGAGAAAGUAAUGGAGCUGUGGAUAAUGCAUAUAUGUCCAUGUUGCCAGGAGUGACAUCUUCCCCAGUAUCCCUUUCUCACUCCCUCUCUGUAGCAGUAUCAGAUCCAGACUCAAAACCUGCAGAUGAAUACAUGGCUAUGACCCCAAAUAACAGCAUUUCACCCCCCCAGCAGAUUCGUCCACCACCUUCUGGCACAGAUGGUUAUAUGAUAAUGUCUCCCAAUAGUAGCUGUUCACCUGACCAACAAGGGGUGCCUACUGCCUGGGUUGGCAGUAGCAGUGCUGACAGCCGAACUGGUAGUGACUAUAUGAAUAUGUCACCUAUUAGUGCCCGCUCUUCCAAUAGCACCCCACCACCACAUGAGCCCCUCACACCAUCUGACCCUCAUCCUCAGAAGCCUCAACCCAAGAUGGUAUAUUCUUACUUUUCUCUACCCCGCUCCUAUAAACAUCAUACUUCAAUGCAUUUUGAGGAAGGGCCAGGAAGAGGGAAGCAUCUGGUUAAUGGUGGUAGAUGUCUGGGUGGAGGUAGGGGGCUUAAUAAUAGAAAGUCCAAUCAUCAGGAACCCCCUAUUGGCCAACAUCUGUCCCUUUCAUCCUCUUCAUACUCUUCAAGUUCAGCCAGCAAUGAAAGCCUGGGUGAAUGUGAAGAAAAGGCAAUCAAGAUAACAGGAGGAGCAGCAGGAGCUAUUGCAACAGAUAUUGAGCAACGGCCCUUGCAGCAAAGACAAGGGUCUUGGGGUAUAAAGCAAGGUCAUCCUGGCCAAAGGAACCGACCUCUUAGCCUGUUUGUGGACAUCUCAAAAGCCAACACUCUACCAAGGGUCCGUGAGACACCCCUUCUAUCUGAACCUAAAAGUCCUGGAGAGUAUGUAAGCAUUGAGUUCAAUGGUGAAAGGAACAUUCUACCCAGUGCCCACCGUCCCUUACCCAGGCCAACUUCUUGUGUUGCUGGUUUUUUACCCUUCUCACAUAGCUCCUCUGCUUCUAUCCCACCCUCAACUGCUUCUGAGUAUGUUAACAUGCAGCUGAGAGCCUCACCUUCCCCCUCUCCCAUCUCACUGACAGCACUGGGGUUUCCCCCAAUUCCCACCCCUCCUCUUACACCUGCAGCAGCCCUUAAAGCUUGUGAAGAGCAUAGGUCGACAACCCUAAAUGAGGAUGAGGCAGAAGUUGAGAUGGGACAUAGAAAAAACAGGCAGGUGUCAGUACCCCAGUCUGUAAACUCAGCCACUUCAUGUGGUGACUACACAAAGAUGGUCUUUAGCCUGAACUCAAGCAACACUUCAAGCUCUACAUCACCCAAAACAUCCUUGCCAGACCAGCCAGAGUCAGCAGUUCCAGUCCUAGGUUUGGGACUGGUACUAGACUUUCCUCUUGCCAAGGUUCCAAAUCCGGACCAUGGCGCUAAGGUAAUUCGAGCAGAUCUUCAAGGUCGUCGACGCCACUGCUCUGAAACGUUUCAGGCCCCUUCCUCACUGCCACCUUGCCCCACAACAUCAUCUUCCUCUACAUUCCCUGAACACACCCAAGCUAUUGGCCGUCGACUUGGUUUUGAUGGUAUGCUAUGGGGGAACAGUGGCUCAGCAGACAUUUCAUCUCAGUACAUAAACCCUGGACUACCCAACCAAUCUAUUUCACAGACAUCCUCCAUGGAGCAGGGCCUGAAUUACAUAGACUUGGACCUGGCUAACAAGGAGAACCCCCAUGCUGCCUCAGAAGGGCAAGCUGCUGUCCACACACCUGCUACCCGCCUCUUUUCCUCUAUGCUGACUGGAGGAGCUGCAGGGAGUUCUGUAGGAACUGGAGGUUCAGGCAGUAGUACUUCAAGCCUGAACACAUAUGCUAGCAUUGACUUCUACAAGUCAGAAGAGCUACGGACACAUCAAGGCAGCAGCAGCAGUAAAGAUGGUACAGAAUGUUAAUGACUGUUCCUGGUACAGUAAAAUUCUGGGAAAUGGAAUGCUAGAGCUUUCCUGUGCACCUGAAUGCGCAUGCCAGAACAGUACAGAGAGAGGUGUGUGUGUUUGGGCAAAGCCCAAGCAACCUUGUAGGCACUUUUUGAAAAACUAUUCUGAAAGGAUUUUUUGCUGCAACCAAUGGGAACAUAUGUGCCAAUAGAGAAUAGCAACAACUGCCUUUGGUGUCCAGACUUUCUACAGACAAGCACAACAUGCAAUCACAGAGGAAAAUGAAGACUGAAUGCCAACCUGGAGCCAAUGACAAUGACCCCUGAUCUUCACCAGUAACUUGAACAGUUUGUGUCCAGUAUUCACAAAAGGAUUCAAUCAUUGAAUGAAAUAAAGAUUUAUCAGUUUGAACAUAUUAUGUACAGUAUACUCAAAAAAGUGCCUAUAAUUUUUAAUUGUUGCUUUUUGAAUAUAGACUUUUGGUUUUUCAGGCACUGUCUGACGUGCUUGAAGAAAAAAGGUUGUCUUUCUGUUACUUUCUGUUAUAAAAAAGAUAAAAUCAGCAGGAAAAGAGGCUCUUUCAGAGUGCUUUAGACCUUAAGAUGCAAUGUUUCAUUUUAUGUGAUUGAAUAAAGGCUUUGAGGGAUAGACGUACAGUCCAUUAAAUGGGUUGUUAUUAUAUCUCAGUGUUCUAGAUUCUUUUUUUGUCCUCUCGAAUCCUUUAGCAUGUCGUAUUCUGAAUGUUUUGUCAGCUGAACAAUUGACACCAAACAGUACAACCCACUGAACAGACUACAUCUAUCCCUCAUAACCUUGUUUUCAUUUAUGAAAAAUUAAAUACGGCAUCUAUCUUGUCUAAGGUCUAUGGUAAGGUAUCAACGGUAUUGAUGGUGCUGUUUUGGGUGAUAAUUAUGACGAUGAAGAAAAAGUAAUUAUGAAACUCACAUGGUGUUUAGCUAACCUUGCCUGCUAGCUUUAUUGAUUCAAUGUAUCACCCAUCUUUUGACUAGAUCAUCAUCUUCCCUUUUUUCCUUUUUUCUCCUAUUAUUGUCCUCCCUUCUACCUAUGCUUGAUACGUUCCAGCUGUGCAUUAGUACUAAAGUGCCUGUCUCUCUUAUCUCUCUCUGUUUCUCUGCAUCUCUCCCUUUCCCUUCUGCUCCCUUCCCAGUGUCGCCCUGAAAGGAACCAGUAACAGACAUUUGGCUCAGUGACAUAAAGCGUCUAUUUUUACUCUAAGGGUGGGGCAGUUCUGAUGGUGUCCUGCAGUAACUUACCUCGACUGGCACGCAAGGAUGCUAGCUGACCCAAUCCACACUGGACUAUACCAAUGAUAGUCUCAAAUGGGGGUGUGUAAAGGAUAUUAUUUGAAAAUCCUCCCUAUUCGCUGUAUCACAGUGACACCCAUUGCUGGCCAAUAGUAGUAAAAUAAAAACAUGAGUGUUAUAAACAUGAUUCUGAGUGUAGGCCUCUGCUUUCAUCAUUUGUUUUAUUUCUUCCCUUUUUGGGAGUAUUUUAUUUAGUUUUUCUGAUGAUGAAUAUGUCCAUUAAAGUUUUCAUUUUAUUUUUUUUAAAGAGCCCAUGAAAUCGAAACUGUAGUUGUGUGGCUUUUAGUCCAUGUAUGUUAGCUUUGAGGUCAUAUACACUCACUUAACACUUUAUUAGGAACACCUACUUAUUCAUGCAAUUAUCUAAUCAGCCAAUUGUGUGGCAACAGUCCAAUUCAUAAAAUCAAGCAGAUACAGUCAGGAGCUUCAGUUAAUGUUCACAUCAGCCAUCAGGAUGAAAAAAUAGGACCAUAGUGUUCCAAAUAAAGUGAUAAGUGAGUGUAUUUGGCCCUUUUAUCAGCCUCUGAAAGACCUCUGGGAUUAAGAGCUUUUGUGAUGAAUCAAUGAAUCCUCAAUAUUUAUGCUUUUCAAUGUAUGAGGUUAUGUGUUUGUGCUUGUAUAUACCAAUAGUGUGUUUGUUCCUUCCUCUUCAUUGAACUGGUUCAGUAUGUUCUGGUCUGUCAUAUGAUUGCUUGGAUACAGAAUGUAACAAAUGGUGUUUAUUGGAUCCAGAUUGAGCCGUUCUAAUAGAAAAUCAGUGUUGCUGCAUUUGAAAGCAGAGGUGGAAAUAACCAGUCUUAUUUUGUGAGGAUCCCAACACAGUAGCUAAACUUAUACAGAACAGGCCAUUAUGCAAAUGAAUGCUAAACAAAAUGGUUUGCUACGUGUAGCAGGAGGAAAAUUUACACAAUGUUCAUUCAAAUUCAUUCAAAUAAUGUCCAAGCUUAACUGUGCUGUAAUUUGCAGUGUACAUUUCAACAUUCAGACACUAAGGUAACCAUAAAAACUUCAAGCCAAAGAACAAGACAGUCAGACAAAUUCAUUUAGAACACAAAAUAUUGAAAGGCAAAAUAAUCAUAUUGAAAAAAUUAACAGUCUCAUUAGUCCACAAUACUGCUUCAAGUCUUUGAGAGUUUAAUGGCAAACAGUGCCAUCCGUCAUUAAUGCAGAUUAUUAACACUAAGAGUCACCAUGUGAAUAGUGCAAAUGGUAAAAUUAUGUAUAAGAUUAUUGGAUUAUAGUGAGAGAGUUCUAUAGGCUUUGCUGCUGUUUUGUCAUACAUUACUAUAGGUGAACAGAAGUUUACUAAAGAUAUUCUGUGUAUGGUUCCUGUUGACAGGGAUUGUGAGAAAUGACAAUGCUGGGUUUUUUUAAUGUUGAAAUUUUCAUGCUGCUUAAAAAAGGGCAGCCGAGCCAAUAUUUAUAUUACUCAUGUCUUUUUUGUUGCUCUGUUAAAAAAAAUAAAAAAAAAUUAUAUAUAUAAACUGGA